AUGGCCACGGGUCCCAGACUCCUCUGGCUGUUUGGCCUGGUUCUGUGCCCGCUGAGCGGCGGCCACCUCCCGCGUCCCCCGCACGUUUUCCCCCAACGUCGCCUAGGAGUACACCAGCGCCGUGACAUGCAGCGCGAAAUCCUGGCGGUUCUCGGGCUGCCAGGGCGGGCCCGACCCCGAGCGCCACCCGCCCCUGCCCGGGAGCCAGCAUCCGCGCCCCUCUUCAUGCUGGACCUGUACCACGCCAUGGCAGAUGGCAGCGGUGGCGGGCAACCGCAGCCUCACCUGCACCGCGCUGACCUGGUCAUGAGUUUCGUCAACAUGGUGGAGCGUGACCGUACUCUGGGCUACCAGGAGCCACACUGGAAGGAAUUCCGCUUUGACCUAAGCCAGAUUCCUGAUGGGGAGGCUGUCACAGCUGCUGAGUUCCGGAUAUAUAAAGAGCCCAGCCCCCACCCGCUCAACACAACCCUCCAUGUCAGCAUGUUCGAGGUGGUCCAGGAGCACUCCAGCAGGGAGUCUGACUUGUUCUUUUUGGAUCUUCAGACGCUCCGAUCUGGGGACGAGGGCUGGCUGGUGCUGGACAUCACAGCAGCCAGUGACCGCUGGUUGCUGAACCAGAACAAGGACCUGGGACUGCGCCUCUAUGUGGAAACCAAGGAUGGUCACAGCUUGGAUCCUGGGCUGGCUGGUCUCCUGGGACAACACGCACCACACUCCAGACAGCCUUUCAUGGUCGGUUUCUUCAGGGCCAGCUGGAAUACUGUGCGGGCCCCUCGAGGUGCACAGCCACUGAAUAAGCAACAGCUGAAUAAAAUCAACCUGGGAAUCUUUGAUGAUGGCCACGGUUCCCGGGGCAGAGAGGUUUGCCGCAGGCACGAGCUCUACGUCAGCUUCCGGGACCUCGGCUGGCUGGACUGGGUCAUUGCCCCCCAGGGCUACUCAGCCUAUUACUGUGACGGGGAAUGCAUCUACCCACUGAACUCCUGCCUGAAAUCCACCAAUCAUGCCACCAUGCAGGCCCUGGUCAGUACCACAGAGGCUUUCUUGGGACCUGAGGGACUAGAAAGGCAUGGGGUGCACCUGAUGAAGCCAGAUGUCGUCCCCAAGGUGUGCUGUGUGCCCACAGAGCUGAGUCCCAUUUCACUGCUCUACUAUGACAGAAACAAUAAUGUCAUCCUGCGCAGGAAACACAAUAUGGUAGUACAGGCCUGCGGCUGCCACUGAGUCCCUGACCAAGAGCUUGCUGCCACUGAUCCAAUUACCUACCUGGGCCCCUCUCCUGAGGCAGGAAACCAAUAGACCCUAUCAGGCCCAGGGCCAAGGCAGAAGGCAGGGUUUUCAACUCUUAUAGCUACAAUCUGCCCUCUU